AUGCCGAAGAUAAGGAUCAAGCAGACGCCGAACAGUCUCUGGUUAAGGCAACGCGAGCUGGGUGUCAAGUUCCCGUUGGGCCACAACGACGACUUUCACAAGACCCUUUACUCUUCCAUCCAGCCCAUCACUUCGUGGGACCAUGGGGAUAAUCUGACGGCAGCGAGGCAUGGCGGAGUCUUCAAUUUGGAGUACUCGCCAGAUGGGUCCCUCUUGCUGGCGGCAUGCGAGAAGAAGAGUAUUUUAAUGUUUGAUCCAUUAUGUAGGAAAUUGAUACACGCUAUAGACAAUGCUCACAACGACUGUGUCAAUUGCGUGAGAUUUCUGGAUCAGCGUAUGUUUGCAACUUGUUCUGACGACAGUACGGUCGCUCUGUGGGAUGCCAGGAAUUUAAAGCAAAGGAUAAGAACUCUUCAGGGACACUCGAAUUGGGUUAAGAACAUAGAAUACAGUCCAAGCGAUAGUUUAUUACUGACCAGCGGAUUUGACGGUAGCAUAUAUACUUGGGAUAUCAAUAGUUUUACGGAAAAUAGUUUUGUGUACAAUCGUGUGUUUCAUACAAAUGGAUUAAUGCGAACAAGACUUACUCCCGACACUAGCAAAAUGUUGAUAUGCACUACUUCAGGAUAUCUCAUUAUUAUACAUAAUCUUAAACUUAGUACGCUAAGUCAGGACUUGGCAGGAUUUAAGCCAAACAUGUACAGGUUAAUGCAGUUAUCUCAAACUACCAUACCAGUCGCAGCAAGUUACACGCAUCUCUUUGCUCACACUCGUACGCAUAAUAGAGUAGAAUUCCUUACUGAUUUUCCAAUAGGCGACGACGCUGAGGUUAUAUCCAGCUUACAAGUUCAUCCACAGGGAUGGUGCGCUUUAUCCCGAAACGUUAGCAGUGGAGAAAAAUCGGAGUGGACUUGCGUUCACGAUAUACAAGAACGCGAGGCAUCCAGCAAUGUGGAACAAGUCAAUGAGGGAGAGGAGGGCCGCCUGACGAGUCUAAACGUGGAAGAGUUCGAGGACUUUCCUCAGUCGCAAUCUUCGCGUUCAGGAAUGACGUCUUCCUUUGUGAUAGAGAAUGGGAAUCGUGCCCGGAUAGUGCACGACGUGUCGGACGUGAGAUCGAAUUCGUUCGAUUCGCCUAUCCGCGUGUCUACGGAUGCUGCGCCGUCAUCGAUUAGAUCAUCGAGGACAAGCUGGCAGGUAACGGCACGUCGAAAUCUGCGAUCUCAAUCGAGAAGUCCGCGGCCGGACAGAAACGCGGUGAGAACGAACUUCGACAUGGUCGAGGUCAGUUCGAGUACGAGCGCCGCCGCCGAUUCUAGGAUAAACGCGAUUCACGACGACGAUAGACCAGAGGACCAGCACGUAGAUGAUAACGACAAUUCGGCGCACGAUGCGUCAGCCGAUGAGAGGGAGUACAGAUCUCCCCGACCACACUCUCAGCUCAAUGACUUGCGGCGGCGUAAUAUGAUAGAUAAUUUCACUAGCGGCAAUGUAGAACUUCACGUGAGCACGACUGACGUGUGGGAAGCGCUCGUGGCAAUUAGGGAAGCCAGACUUCGCAGAGAACGAGAGAGACAGUUUUAUCCUGGUGCCGAAAGGAGGGACUGGCUUCCUAGGUCGAACAACGGCGUGAGCGUGAAUCUUCCUCGCUCGUCUCACACGGUCGUGAUAAUCGGCGAUCGUACUCGGGUGCAGAAUCUGCAGAACCGGCAAAAUCAGCAGACCAUGUACGCGAUACCGAGGAAUCAUAAAAUCCAUCAAAACACGCCGAGGUUGACGCAUUAUAUUGAGGAGCCCAAUGUCGGCUCUGGUUACAUCAAAGAAUUAUGCUUCUCGGCUGACGGUAGAUUAAUAUGUUCGCCGUUCGGUUAUGGCGUACGAUUGUUAGCGUUCUCGAGUAACUGCGCCGAGCUGUCCAAUUGCGUUCCACCUGCCAACGAGUCUGUACAGCUCCACGAAUUAGCGACGCAUAUUGGCCAUUCCGAUAUUGUUGUUAGCACGAAAUUCUCACCUAAACACUAUCUGCUCGUGUCAGGCUGCCUCAGUGGCAAGAUCGUUUGGCAUCAGCCGGUGGUUUAGCUAAAUGAAUAAUUGCUUUAGGCAUUUUGUUAUUUUUCGUCAGUCGGUUUCUUGGUAGAUAGAUUUUGCCGCUUUGUACACAAGAUCACGCUGACUAUGCAAGGUGUGUGUGUGAAUCUUUUUGUUAAUAUUAUAUAAUUUAUAUGAUUAUAUAUAUAAAAUUAUAUAUAAUUAUAUUUUUACUUGAUAUAUACAUAUGCCUUUUUAAUGAAUGUUAUUUAAUAUAUAUUAUACCAAUAUAGUGAUACACACAUGUAUAAAUAUGUAUACGGUCCAUUUUUUUUCUACUACUUAAUUACACCUUCUAUCUUGAGAAAAGAUGGUUUUGCGAUAUUUAUGUUUCGUUUAAAGGAAAAAAAAAAGGAAAGUUGCUACUAUUUUAGUUGCAUGUCCGUAUAUGUAAUUCGUGACGGCGUGAUUCACGCGUGUACAUGAUAAAACAUAUUAAAUAAACAAUUACGACAUCUUGUUGCUAUUAUGUAUGGAUGACGAGAACGGUAUAAAUGAUGGAGAAUGGAUAAAAAGAACAUUACAUUCUUACGAUCGUGAUAGUAAUGUGAUGAGUUUCUUGGUAUUAUUUCUUACAUCAGGUUACAAUUUUUUUAUAAUUUAUUUUUGCGUAAAAUAUUUAAAAACACGAUAAAAUAUAUUUACUAUCCCGCAAAUUUAUUCGCAAAGUUUUAAAUAGUUGUGUUUAAAUGUUCAUUACAACCUGUAAACAUAAAGCGUAAAAUAUCAAAAGUUUUAUUUGCAAUGGCAUCAAAUAUAUAGUUCACAUAUGAAAUUAUAAAUCAUAGUUUAAAUAAUUAAGUUUUCGUAUAAACUAACACGCGUCAAUAUAGAUAAUUUUUUUAUAUAAAACAAUUACUUAAUAAAAAUUAUCUCGCAGAGAAAAAACAUUCGAAUAAAUAUUCGAAUUAGCGAAGCUUUAAUUUCUUCGUUUAUUUAGAUAUCACGUGAAUUUUUUAAAUGUUUUUGCAUUUUCAUGUAAAAAAAUUUAGCUUUUUUUUAAUUUAACUGCUAAAUAUAUAUAUUAUCUAUCUCGAUAAUAAAUGCAUGGAAAUCAAGAAUUAAAUUCUAAAUUUUUGAUUUGUCGAACAAUAUAUUUCUUUGCUGAAUGUUUUUGAUCUUAUUAAAGAUUGAUAUAUAAAUAAGUUAAACAUUACUGCUCUUAAAAAUUCUCUUAACGAACGAGAUAAUUAUAUAAUUUUUUUUUCUAUGUCAUUAGUUGUAAUGGCAAGUUCUUUGAUUUUCCAGUAAAUUUUUUUUUUAUGGUAAAGGACAUUUCCUCCAUUUUCUUCAUGAGAAAGGAAUAAAGUUUCUUUUUCGUUAAUUCACAUUUUUGAGUUCGUAAAAAAACUGUUGUCUUAAGGACAAAUUUUUGAUCAAAGAAUUGCCACCUGUGUAUAAAAAAAUGCACAUAUAUAUGCACUAUAGCGAUAUGAAAAAUACGGUCGAUGACUGAUUGUAUAAAUAUCAUGUUUCGCGCAAUGUCUAAACAUGAAUCACAUUUUGUCCAGUUGUCCAGAAUUGACGUUAUAUCAAAAUUAAUGUAGCUUCAUUAAAUCGUCAGAAUUUUUGUUCACGUCAAAUAAAAUUGUCGCUAAUAAUAAAAAACGCGAAACAUCCUUUAUUUCUUCUUUGCGCGUAAUGCCUGUCCAAUAUUGCUGUCGUCAUUGUCACGUAUUAAUAGAUUGUAAUAAAUGAAGAUUUAUUACUAGCAUUUUUUAUUAUAAAAGAAUUCGAAAAUAGUUAUCAAGUCGAAUUCGGAGCUAUAUUGUAUUUUUUGGUAAGAAUGAUAUAUUCGACAAAAUCGUAUUUUUCUGAUCAAUUUACAUUGCAAUCUUUAAAUCGUAUAUAAUGUACGUUUUUAUGAUGAAUUUUUCAUCUACGAAAAAAAAAAUGGUAUCGUAAUAUAACGAUAUAUCAUAAGAUAUUUGAAUAUUCUUUACGACAUACUUUUAUAAGUGAAUAUUCAAGUAAAAUUGUAACACCUGUUAAUCGAAAAAAAAAGAACACUUUCUUGUCGCUUUUAAGAUAUCUACAACAUAUCUAAUAUGAUACUAAAAGAGAAGUUUCGUUGGAUUAUUUACUUUACGAGGUGAAAUGUGAAAUUAAUCACAACCGUCACACAUACACAAUAGUACAAUAAUAAUUAGCAAUACAAUGUUAUAAAAGUUAUCGAUUAUUUAUAAAAAUAAAUUAUCAUCGAGAAGUGCACAUGUGACUGGGUGUAUAAAAAUCUGUAUAUUAUCUAAGACCGUAGAAAAAUAAUUAAUCGUGUGUUCAAAGCUGUCAUUAGGCUUGUAUAAUUAAUAAGGAUGGCAUAUAAUAUUCUGUAAUAUACAUAUAUACAUGUGUAAAUACGUUGCCAAUUAUGUAUUAAGGAUAAUAAUCUUCGCGUUUAAAGUAUUUAUCGUUUAUAGCUGUUCAAUACGAAUUACAUUCGUACAACUUCCAAACAUACUUCCAACUUUUGGAUCAGUUAUCGACAGAUUGUGUCACAUCAGUAACGAGAAAUCAUUGAAAUAGAAAAGUUUUUUUACACGUUAUUAUCCUAUUUGCAAAAAUAUGUUUAGAAAACACGCUUUAAAACUUGUUUUUUUAAAUUUUAUUAUGAUGUAACUUAAAGCUACUUUAUAUCCUACAUGCUUUCUUUAAAAAAAUUUCUAUUUUUUUAUGAGUACAUAUUAAUUAGAUCGCGAUCAUUUUUUGACUUCUUUUCAAGUCAGCAAAUUGUAGAAAAUCUUUAAUAUAAUCGACUGCAAAGAUUUGUAUCAUUACAUCUACGUGACAUCGUACCAUUAUUUUGAUUUCUGAUAAUGAAUCUUAACGGUAACUGAUCGAAAACUUUAGUUGAUGGAGAUUGCUAAUUUAAAAUCAUUUUUUCGCAUAAUGUUGACGCAACAAAAGUUGCACAUAAAAUUGCGGAAUGUACAUUUUGCGCUAAACGUGCAGCAGAUGUUUGUGAACAUGAACAUGUGUGCGUGUGCAUAUGUGAGUGUAUUUUAUGUUCAUACUUUUGCAACGGCCAAAUUAACGAAACUUUGGAAAAUAAUUUUUACAUAUUUAGAACUUUCUAUUUUUUCUCAUAGAUAUUUAAAUGGAAUUCCUAUACCGGCAUCUCGUAAAAAUACGAACUAUCGUGACUGUGUGGGCAAUAGAUAACAGAUGAAGAUGAGCGUCGUUAGAGAUCACACAAAUUAUUAUCCUUUUUUUCUUUUAUUAUAACUAAUAACAAGUGGCUUUUAUCAAUUUUUCUCGUAUACUAUAAUGUUAACGUUGUGUACACUACGUGUUGAUCGUUUUGUAAGACUUGUUUUUUUAUUGUAUAUAAUAAAACAUUGCUUAACAUCAUA